AUGGCUGGCCCAGCUGCUCUGCUUGAGUCCCUUGAGCACCAGGCAGGGGCUCUCCACACCCUCCGGCUGGUGUGUAGAGGCAGGGAGGCUGCCACAGCCUCACAUCUUCCCCUCAGUCCCCCACAACCUUCCCUGCCCCAAACCAGCAGUGCUGGCAGUCCUGGCCCAGCUCAGUAUAGCCCAGGAGGGGAGAUGGAGGUAGCCAGGCUUGGCCAGGCUUUGGAGCUGAAAGAAGAGAGAAAAGCCCUGGGGAAAACUCCUGAGGAAGAUGAAGAGACUGGAGAACUAACUCCCCUCAGCCCAGGUGAGCCCAGGCCACACAGACUGUCCCAGCCUGGGCUGGUGAGGAAUGAGACCCUUCGAGAGAUGGCUCUGCGCAGCAAGCUGUCCCGAGUAGUUGAUGCUACUUCGAGACUCAUAGAAGUAGAGCAGACCCUCUUGCUCCCUCUCAUACAGCAGCAUCCUUUUCCUCUCCAUCCAAAAGAUAGCAUUGAGUUUAGAAACAUCUGUAGUCGCAUGGCUUUACAAAGAGAGGGACAGCAAUUUGAGAAGGAUCUGCAUGAAGCACACCAGUGUUUGAAGACCAUCAUCGAGAAACUCAUUUGGUCACUGGCAGUUUUCCCCUCGGAACCUUAUAUCCCAGUCCGAUCUGCUCUGAGACAAAUCCUGCAAAAUCUCCUGGCAAUGUGAAGCAGCAGGCUGUUUGGCCAAGGAGCAAGUGAUGCAUGUGAGCUGUAACGGUCCCAUAAAAAUAACAGAUAACUUGAAAGGUGAAUCCUGGAGAUCUCACCAUAGCAAGAGUUCCUGCUGACUUCACUUCAGUGGAGGCUUCCCAGUGGAGAUGAUGUUCCCGCAAAGUACUGAAUAGCCUUCUUAUAUCAAAACUCAUACCAAAGUCAUAUAAAUGGGAGCUGGGAACAUCUCCAGAAGUUGCUCUGGAGGAACAGGAAUGCGUUCUUAAAUAAUAAGGUCUCAAAAUGAAGACCGAAAGGUAGAGGCUGAAAUGACAACCAUUAGAAAACUCUAUUUUCAUCACAGCUCAGGAGAAUGUUUUUCCAAGUAAUUAUUUAUGGAGUGGACACCUUGUAGAGACAGAGAAAAUAUAGGGUGUAAGUACGGACCCUUUCACGAGAAGGUAUACGGCCUGCUAACACUGCAAGUAAAGACAGCCUGCUAAAUCCUUAUUGCAUUUUACCACAGAAAGCCAACAAAUCAAUGGAAAGGUGAAGGUGCGGUAUCUUCCACUGAGAAAAGAAAAAGAAAAAAAGAAGAAAAAAUAUGUGGGACCUAUGGGAUCAAUUGCUUUAAAGCCAUAAAAGGUCUUGGUAGAUGAUCCAGUGGAGGUGAAUGGAAAGCAAAGCAAAAGAGGCAUUAACACGGUGAAGCAAAGGUAUUUAUAAACUGAGGUGAAACAUUUGUGAAGAUUGCUUUGCAGAGCUUUCUCAGCCCCUGUGACUGUGUAGCAGACAGCAUAAAAUUCUGCUCUCCUACUGCCAAAUCAGGAGGGUUUAUGAAGUCACUUACUGCUGUCAAACAGCUGCAGCUGUAAUGCUGAAAAGAGGCAUUCCCCCCUCUUUUUGCAAUAAGAUUUAAUGUCUGUGUGAUUGCUGAGCAGGA